AUGACAAGGAAGUUGAAUGGUGCUGGCUUGAGCAACACCAGAAAGCAUUUACCACCAUCAAACAGUACUUGGCCGAUGCUCCGAGCUCUGACAGAUACAGAAACCCGAUACGCACAAAUCGAAAAGGAGUUAUUAGCAAUUGUGUGGUCAGCCAACAAGUUCGACCAGUACAUACUGGGACGCGAUUGUGUGCAUAUCAAGUCUGACCAUGAACCACUGAAAGCGGUCUUCAACAAGCCAGUUCACAAGUCACCAAAAAGGCUUCAGAGGACGCUGAUGGCUCUACAGAACUAUUCUUUGGAUGUCCAAUACAAGAAAGGAGAACUCAUGUGGAUAUCCGAUGCCUUAAGUCGUGCCUACCGCAACACAACUGAGUUUGUAAAGCAUGACACAAGUCUUGUCUGCUCAAUUGAGGAAAUUGACCAUUCAGAGAACAUCUCUAUCGCCCCAUACCGAAUCGCCGAAUUCAGAUGCGAGACAGCAAAUGAUACCGUCAUGCAAAGUCUAAUUGCGUCAAUAAAGAGUGGAUGGGCGCCGUCAAAGAAACAGUGUGACCCGGUGCUUACACCGUACUAUGACAGGCGAAGUGAACUCGUGGAGGACAAAGGAUUAAUAUUCCUUGGGGAACGGCUGGUUGUACCUACAUCCCUGAGGAAAGAAAUGUUGAAGCAAAUUCACAGGUCGAAGGAUGUCUCCAUCGUGCCAGAAGUCUUGUACUGGCCACUCAUGAACACCGAAGUGAAAGAUUUUAUUUCCAAGUGCUCAAUCUGCCAAUCCCAUAAGCCUGAUCAGUGUCGUGAAGACAUGCAACCUUAUCCAGUACAGCCACACCCUUGGUCAAUGCUCGCUGCUGAUCUGUUAGAACUGGGACAACAGCAGUUCUUUCUAAUGGUGGACUAUUGGAGUGGGUUCUUUGAAGUACAAGAGGUAAAAGUGGCAACGUCCGCCAGUGUGAUAGCUGCAUGUAAAGUCCAGUUUUCACGACAUGGGAUACCCGACGUGCUAAUCACCGACAAUGGAUCCCAGUUUGCGUCAUCAGCUUUCACUGCAUUCGUGAGCGAGUGGCAGUUUGAACAUCGUACCUCCAGUCCUCGUUAUCCCCAAUCAAACGGCCAUGCAGAAAAUGCCGUGAAAACCUGCAAGAAUCUGAUGAAGAAAGCAAAGACAGAUGGACAGGACCCCUUGUUAGCCCUUCUGGAUUAG